GUGGACCUUUUCUCUUACACCGUGCCAACUCCGUGCCAACUCUUAAACUUUCUGCAAAGUUGUUCGAUGCGCUUUGAUGGACAUUUGAUUCACUACUGAAGCGAACGCGCAGAGUCACCGCUGUAUCGCACGCUCCGAGUCGUGCAGGAUUUCUACCAGCCGCACCGACUCGAUUCUCUUGCUCGAUUCGCAUGAAUCUCCUCGACACUUACGCGAAGGUGGCCGAAGAGCAGGACAAGUGUCUCUCCGACGCGCCGAGCCCGAGCAUGUCCGAGGAUUCGGUCGCUUCACCGUGUCCGUCCGGCUCCGGUUCUGAUACCGAGAACACCCGGCCGGCCUCCGAGAACCAGCUCAAAAAGGACGAGGAGGAUGCGAACAAGUUCCCCGUGUGCAUCCGGGACGCUGUAUCACAGGUGCUCAAGGGCUACGACUGGACGCUGGUGCCCAUGCCGGUGCGCGUCAACGGCUCAGGCAAGAACAAGCCGCAUGUCAAGAGACCCAUGAACGCGUUUAUGGUGUGGGCACAGGCGGCACGCAGGAAACUGGCAGAUCAGUACCCACACCUUCACAACGCAGAGCUCAGCAAGACUCUGGGGAAACUCUGGAGGCUGUUGAACGAAGGCGAGAAGCGGCCGUUCGUCGAGGAGGCCGAGAGGCUGCGGGUGCAGCACAAGAAAGAUCACCCAGACUACAAGUACCAGCCGCGGCGGCGCAAGAGCGUGAAGAACGGCCAGGCCGAACCCGAGGAGGGCGAGCACACGCACAUCUCUUCCAACGCCAUCUUUAAAGCUCUGCAGAGAGCCGACUCUCCUGCCUCCAGCAUGGGUGAUGUGCACUCUCCCGGAGACCAUUCAGGUCAGUCUCAGGGUCCUCCGACUCCCCCAACCACCCCGAAAACAGAAAUUCCGAGUGUAAAACCAGACCUCAAGCGCGAGGGUCGCCCGCUCCCCGAGGGCACAGGCAGACAGCUGAACAUCGACUUCCGUGACGUAGACAUCGGCGAGCUGAGCAGCGACGUCAUCUCCAACAUGGAGUUUGACGUAAACGAGUUCGACCAGUACCUUCCACCUCAGGCCUACACCUCCGCCUACGGCCUCGGCCAGACGCUCGGCUCCGGCGUGCACGCCUGGAUGGCCAAACAGCAGCAGCAGCAGCAGCAACAGCAGGCUCAGCCGUCCCAACAGCAGCAACACUCUCUGACCCAGCUGAGCCCAGGCAACGAGCAAAACCAGUCCCAGCAGCACCCGGCGCACAUCAAAACGGAGCAGCUGAGCCCCAGCCACUACAGCGACCAGAGCCAGGGCUCGCCCCAGCACGUCGCCUACGGCUCCUUCAACCUCCAGCAUUACACCGCCACCAGCUUGACGUACCCGUCCGUCCCGCGCACGCAGUACGACUACGCCGAGCACCAACCCGGGGCCGCGUCCUAUUACAACCAGGGGUCGGGCCUCUACUCCUCGUUCAGCUACGUGAGUCCCAGCCAGAGGCCCAUGUACACCCCAGUGGCCGACGCCAGCGGGGUUCCGAACAUGCCCCAGGCACACAGUCCACAGUGGGAACAGCAGCCCGUGUACACCCAGCUCUCCCGGCCGUAGACCAGAAAACAAGGCCGCCACCCAAUCCAGAGACUCCCAAACAGCUUAGAACUUUUCCCUGCAACCGCACACAGAAAACAAGCAGGACUAUGAUGAUUUUUCUUGUAUUUUUUUAUUUUAUGUACUGAAAAUAUCGGAACGGCUCCCGACAGUGCCUUUUUUGAAGCUCCGAGUUGCGACUAUUUUUCUAGUUUUGAUGAAAAAAGAAACUCGCUCGAUAAAAAAAAGAGGAAUCCUCUGUGAGGACAUAUUCGAUCUAAGUAUUUUAGUAUGUACUGUGUAUGUAUUAUUCUUAUUUUCAGGUUGUCAGGGGGAUUUGUGAUUAGUUUCCUCUGUAUAUAUUUUAGUAUUUCCUACGGCCUUUUAGAAUCAGGCGAAGCACACGCAGCGAGACGCAGAGACGUUUACAAAAAAACGUGCUUUUUUCCCCACCGUGCCGUUCAUGUAACACCGCUUAUAGACGCUGCUCCGUCUAUGACUGCCACAGUCGCAAGUGCCGUUUAGCUGGACCCGAGGCCACGUGUGUGCUCGGUCAGCCAGCCAGCCAGCGUAGAGAUCCACAGUGCCUCGAUCAGCCCUGUUACCUCUUGAGGAAGUGCCCUUUGACCCGAGACUCCCCACACAGGUCAACACCGGUCGUCGUCUCAUUCAUCCAGUCCAGUCCUUUUAUCAUUUUAAUUUAUUCAUUAGUAAUAACUUUAUUUGAAAAGUAAUAAUUAUUUUCUUAAUUUUUUUUCUUUUCCUUGAGUAUCCGUACGACUAAUAUGUGCUCAGUCCGCCCCCCCCUCCGUUUUAAUCCUUUUCUUUUAUUUAUCAUUUGUAAAUGUCUCCAUUUAAAUGUUUAUAAUUAUCUAGCGUGUACAGAUUUCUUCCUUCACAUGAAACUUGAUCAAACUAAACUGGACGUUUCGCCAACCGCUACGGACGGACAGAAUACUGGAAAGUCAUAUUGUAAAGACUUUACUGAAUCCACAGUGCUUUUUAUUUUUGAAAACAAAAAGUUUUAUUCCUUAUUCAUGUCUUUAUAUUUUAGGUCUCAUGUGGUGACAUUCUUUACUGCAUUGAUUCUUUAAAGAAACGUUCCAUUGUCUGAAAAGAAGCUUAUCUUUUGUAUCAUACUGUUUGCAAUAAAAGGAAAAGAUUUAGAAAAGAAA